UUCCAUCAAGCCAGCCGCGCUACGGGCUUUGAAGUUAGUUUGAAAAGAGCUUUCAUCCGUUAUCAUACGUUAUUCUGCACCAUUCUACAACAAGCAGCAACAAGAGACUACGCAAAAGACUGACAGGGACUAUUGCUACUGCUAAGAUUAUCCUUUGAGAAGAGUCAAAUCGCAUAAAACUAUAUUAUUGUAAGAACAUUACAAUUGUAUUUGUAACAAAACAAAAAUGGAUCAACUAAGAGAUAUGGUAAAAAACAUUAUAUAUACACGUACAAUCGAAGAGAAGUUUAGUAAACUCAAGACUGAUCAGGAACGUGUAAAAUUUGCUCUCAAUGUUGUGCAUGAUCAUAAAAAUAUUUUUCCUAAUCUAUCAGAACUUUUUGAACGCCACUUUGGAUUGCAAAAAGAUGCCAAAAUAUCAGAGAAACUACGGGAAGAUGGCAAUAGAAUCUUUAUUACUGGUGGUCUCAAUAAUAUGACAUGUUUAAAUGCACUGAAAUUGUAUACUAAAAGUAUAGCCUUUGCGCCUUAUCCAUCUGAGCAACUUGCUCUAGCAUAUGCCAACAGAUCGGCGGUUUUGUUUCACCUGGGCUUGCAUGUAGAAUGUGUUCUGGACAUCGACCGAGCAUUAGCUUUCAAUUAUCCUGACAAUCUGAAAACAAAGCUUUAUAUUCGCAAAACAGAAUGUUUGUUGAUUCUGAAAAGUUGUUCUACAGAAAACACUCUUAAAGAAGCCCAGUAUUGGCUAGAGAUGUCUUUGAAAGAUACAAAUCAAGAGAAGCUGAGAACAAAGCUAGAUAUUUUACAUCGUAAGACGGUACAAAUUACAGUAAAUGUUCAAAACCCUUUGAGAGAAGCACAAAUACAGGAACCUCCGCUCCCUACUAUUAUACCUCAGAAUAAUGAAGUUCCUUGCGCAUCAGAUGCAGUAGCUAUAAAGUACAAUAAACGCUAUGGUAGACAUGUUGUUGCCACUCGUAACCUUCGUCCAGGUGAAGUAAUUGCUGUGGAAAAGCCUUAUUCGAUGAUGUUAACACACGAGAAUUUACUAACACACUGUUCCAAUUGCUUGAAAGUAUGUUGGGCAAAUAUACCUUGCAACUACUGUAUUUAUGCUAUGUAUUGCUCAGAAGAGUGCAAAUAUGCGGCAUGGAAGAAAUGUCAUGAUAUAGAAUGUGCUGUCUUUGCCUAUUUGCCUGAGAAUGCUUUUUCGAAUNGUGAUUUCUUCAGNUUGAGACUUGUCAUACUUGCUAUAAGAGAAGCUGGCAGUAUACAGCAAUUAAGAACCAUGCUACAGGAAGUUGACAAAUGUGAUGAUCUUCGAACAAAGGGCUUUUCUCAAGAUGGAAAGCUGCAUAGUGAUCGAUACAUCAGCAUAUACAGUCUUGUAACAAAUACAGAGAAACGAAUGACCAUCGAUCUGUUCAUAAAUGCUUUAGAUGCAGUUUUUUNUUUAUAUCUUUUAGCGACACGCACUGCGAUAUUUGGCACUAAACUACCUGAAGAUUUUAAUNUUUUAACGAAAAACAAGGACAUUGUGUUUAUCGGUGGUCUUAUUAUGAGACACCAGCAGAUUCUUUCUUGCAAUANCANCNUUAUUNAAGAAGAACAAGAUUUAAAUCAAUUAAUACGUGGUGAAGCUGCUAUGCCAUUUUUCAGCUUGUUUAAUCACAGCUGCAAUCCAAAUAUACUGAGGCAGUCAAGAGCUAAGCACGUAGUGAUGUAUGUCAAGUAUCCCAUUAAAAAGGGCGAGCAGCUUUUUGAUGGGUAUACUGAAUACUCAUUUAAUCUACCACUUUAUCCAAUCUACGAUCGAGAAGCCAGACAAAAAGAGCUACUCAAACGGUAUUAUUUCACCUGUGAUUGCAUACCGUGCCAGGAAAACUGGCCUUUAUAUCACGAGCUACAGUCAUACAAUAUUUUAGUAAAACAAUUGGCGGACAAGAUCAAGAUACAAAAGGCGUUACGCAAGCUAAUUACAUAUGACAUAAUGGCAUUAGAAGAUGAAAUACAAGACAAGCCUUAUGUCAUCGAUGAUUUACUAAUGAUGGUGCAAGUACUACACGAAUGUGCGCCGAUGCCUUGUUCGGAGAUGGUCANCGUCAUUAGAACGUUAACGCGAGUGUACAACUUGAUUGGAAAUAGAUUUGAAAUGCCAAAAGUGUGGGAAAACCAAAACUAAAGGAGAAAUGUUUUAUUAUAUUUUUCGACUGACGAAGUAUAAUGCAUUCUAUCAAGUGAGAUACAACAAAUAAAAUAAGUUUAAGAAGUUUUGGUUUUGUAAUAUUUGUUUCUACAAUGUGUGAUUUUAACGUAAAAAGCUAUCUUAUAAAGAUUCCUUGAAAGAGAUUUAUAAUUCUGUAAAUAUAUGUAGAUAUAUAUAUAUAUACAAUUUUUGUGAAAAUUAUUUUUUGAGGAAAUAUAUAUACUACUCACACCUACAUCCACCCACCCCACGCGCGCGCGUGCACACACACACACACACACAAACACAAACACAAGCAUGUUUAUGCAUCAAAAAAUGUAACAUUUACUAAGUGUUUUAACAAUGUACUGUGUUUUUAAAAUAUUGUAUUUGUAUGUAAAAUAUUCAAACAACAAUAUAUAAUACUAUUUAAUCGCUAUAA